CCAUCUUCAACAGCCACAGCCACACCAGUCAAGUGCAGGCUGCAUGGGUGAUGACAUCACGCUGGACGACGUUCCUUCCUAUGCAGCAUCCGACGCCCUCUCUGAAUCUUGCCACGAAGAGUAUCCAGCACAACCUACUGGUUCUUCAGUCAAUCAAGUCUUAAAAGAAGUGCAUAAGACUGUAUUGGCACUGGAGGCCAGGCUCAUUGCUUUCCAGGUGAAGUGUUUUCAACACAACAAAGAAAUGCUGCUCAUGCUCAAGCAGCAACAGAAGCAGCAGGGUCAUGCGUUGCUAGCGCUGCAUUUACCUGAUGGGUGUCCCCAGCUGCCAGCCACAACUUUUUUGCAGUUGGAAGAAUUUGACAGAUUCCUUGAGGGCAGGGAGAACAUGUCAAUGACUGUGAGUGUAUUACAUCGAUUGCUCUAG